CGUGGGGUUUGUCACGUGCCCGGAAGUGGGAAGUGGUGGCGGAACGGCUCAGGUGACGGGUUCAGGCUAGUAGCGGUGGCCGUUGCGGCCCUGUCCCGUCUCUCUCUUGGAGGACCCGCCUUGGCACGGGCCGGGCUCGGUCGGGCCUUGCGCUGAUUAAAAAUGACAGCAAUCAAGCAUGCAUUACAGAGAGACAUUUUUACACCAAAUGAUGAACGCCUGCUGAGUAUUGUCAAUGUCUGCAAAGCAGGAAAAAAGAAAAAGAACUGCUUUUUGUGUGCCACAGUGACAACUGAACGCCCUGUGCAGGUGAAGAUGGUCAAAGUCAAGAAAUCUGAUAAAGGAGAUUUCUACAAAAGGCAGAUUGCUUGGGCCCUUCGAGACCUUGCUGUGGUAGAUGCCAAGGAUGCUAUUAAAGAAAAUCCUGAAUUUGAUUUACAUUUUGAAAAAAUAUAUAAGUGGGUUGCCAGCAGCACUGCUGAAAAGAAUGCAUUUAUUUCAUGCAUUUGGAAAUUGAAUCAACGAUAUCUCCGGAAGAAAAUCGAUUUUGUCAAUGUUAGCUCACAGCUCUUGGAAGAACUGCCUAAAGUUACAGAAGAGUCUGUUCCAAGUGGAGAAAAUCAGAGUGUGACAGGAGGUGAUGAAGAGGUAGUAGAUGUAUACCAAGAGUUAAAUGCAAGAGAAGAGCAGGAUAUUGAAAUAAUGAUGGAAGGCUGUGAAUGUGCAAUCUCUAAUGCUGAGGCCUUUGCAGAAAGGUUGUCCAGAGAGCUGCAGGUGUUGGAUGGGGCCAACAUCCAAUCAAUCAUGGCCUCUGAAAAGCAAGUGAACAUACUGAUGAAGUUGUUGGAUGAGGCUCUAAAGGAGGUAGAUCAGAUUGAGUUGAAACUGAGCAGCUACGAGGAAAUGCUCCAAAGUGUGAAAGAACAAAUGGAUCAGAUCUCAGAAAGCAACCACCUAAUUCAUCUGAGUAACACUAAUAAUGUAAAGCUCCUGUCUGAAAUAGAGUUUCUUGUGAACCAUAUGGACUUGGCCAAAGGUCAUAUAAAGGCCCUUCAAGAAGGAGAUCUCUCCUCUUCUAGAGGCAUUGAGGCCUGCACCAAUGCUGCUGAUGCCCUUUUGCAGUGCAUGAAUGUAGCUCUUCGUCCAGGUCACGACAUGCUCCAGGCAGUCAAACAGCAGCAGCAGCGUUUCAGUGAUUUGCGCGAGCAGUUUGCCCGGAGACUGGCCAGUCACCUCAACAAUGUUUUUGUUCAACAGUUUACUCAGGCCCUCCUUCAGCUCUAUAACAGGUCCUACUUUCUUUCGGUGCCUGGUCACGAUCAGAGUUCAACUCUUGCUCAGCACUCUGUGGAACUGGCUUUGCCCAACCAUCAUCCAUUUCACAGAGACUUGCUUCGAUACGCCAAGCUGAUGGAGUGGCUAAAGAAUACAGAUUAUGGAAAAUAUGAGGGACUAACAAAGAAUUACAUGGAUUAUUUAUCACGACUAUAUGAGAGAGAAAUUAAAGAUUUCUUUGAAGUUGCAAAGAUCAAGAUGACUGGCACAACUAAAGAAAGCAAGAAGUUUGCUACACUGCCUCGAAAAGAAAGUGCUGUCAAACAGGAAACAGAGAGUCUUCAUGGAAGUUCUGGGAAAUUAACUGGAUCUACUUCUAGUCUAAAUAAACUCAGCAUUCAGAGUUCAGGGAAUCGCAGAUCUCAGUCAUCUUCUUUGUUGGAUAUGGGAAACAUGUCUGCCUCUGAUCUCGAUGUUGCCGACAGGACCAAAUUUGAUAAGAUCUUUGAACAGGUACUAAGUGAACUAGAGCCCUUGUGUCUGGCAGAACAGGACUUCAUAAGUAAAUUUUUCAAACUACAGCAACAUCAAAGUAUGCCUGGAACUAUGACUGAAGCAGAGGACCUAGAUGGAGGAACAUUAUCCCGGCAACAUAAUGCUGGCGUGCCACCACCUGUCUCAUCUGAGAAAGAUAUGAUCCGUCAGAUGAUGAUUAAAAUAUUUCGCUGCAUUGAGCCAGAACUGAACAACCUGAUUGCAUUAGGAGACAAAAUUGAUAGCUUUAACUCCCUCUACAUGCUUGUCAAAAUGAGCCAUCAUGUGUGGACCGCACAGAAUGUGGACCCUGCUUCUUUUCUGAGUACUACGUUGGGAAAUGUUUUGGUGACUGUCAAAAGGAACUUUGACAAAUGCAUUAGUAACCAAAUAAGGCAAAUGGAAGAAGUAAAAAUUUCAAAGAAGAGUAAAGUAGGAAUUCUUCCAUUUGUUGCUGAAUUUGAAGAAUUUGCUGGACUUGCAGAAUCGAUCUUUAAAAAUGCUGAGCGUCGUGGAGAUCUAGAUAAAGCAUACACUAAACUUAUCAGAGGAGUAUUUGUUAAUGUGGAGAAAGUAGCAAAUGAAAGCCAGAAGACCCCCAGAGAUGUAGUUAUGAUGGAAAAUUUUCACCAUAUUUUUGCAACACUUUCUCGUUUGAAAAUCUCAUGUCUAGAAGCUGAAAAAAAAGAAGCCAAACAAAAAUACACAGAUCACCUCCAGUCUUAUGUCAUUUACUCUUUAGGGCAACCUCUUGAAAAACUAAAUCAUUUCUUUGAAGGCGUUGAAGCUCGAGUAGCACAAGGUAUAAGAGAGGAGGAAGUAAGCUAUCAACUUGCAUUUAACAAACAAGAACUUCGUAAAGUCAUUAAAGAGUAUCCUGGAAAGGAAGUGAAAAAAGGUCUAGAUAACCUCUACAAGAAGGUUGAUAAACAUUUAUGUGAAGAGGAAAACUUACUUCAGGUGGUGUGGCACUCUAUGCAAGAUGAAUUUAUACGCCAAUACAAGCACUUUGAAGGUUUGAUAGCUCGCUGUUAUCCUGGAUCUGGUGUUACAAUGGAAUUCACUAUUCAGGACAUUCUAGAUUAUUGUUCCAGCAUUGCACAGUCGCACUAAAUAAGAAGAGAUAAAUGAAAGGAGUGUCUACUAUUUUGUGUGUGUGUAUAUAUACAUAUGUAUACGUGUGUAUACAUACCUACACAUGUAUAUGUGUGUAUACAUACAUACACACACACACACACACACACACACACACACGGAAAAAAAAGCAAAGAUUUAGAUGCUAGGGAGCCCCGUUGCUUUAAGUCAACAGAUUGAGUAGGAGGAAUGCUUAUAUACAGCUUUCCUUAUCUGUGUAACUAAUAACAUGAGAGCUACCUGCUGCAGUAGUCACUUGGCCCUAUGUAAUAACAGAGACGUGUGAAAGGAUGAACACCAAAUUAAGUGGCCCAGAAAGUGACAAAACCAUACUUUUGACAAAUUUAUUUAAUCCAUUGUGGUAGAAAAGGUACAACUCCAAUAAAUGCAUCAUUUAAAUAUUUAAAAAUUUUAAAACCUUCUGAAAGAAGAAAAAGAUAAAUGAAAAAAGCACUCUGAGUACA